UUUUUCUCCUAGUCUUAAAUCUGUGUGUCAGGACCCGUCCAGUGCCCACAGGAACUUUUAAGACCAAAUGCCUGGAGCGUCACUUUUGGCUCUCUGUCAAAUCCAGCUUCUUCACCUCAAUGAUCCGUUUUGACUUUGAAGACCAGCAUGGAUACCACAUCCUCUCUGAUGAGCAGGCAACUCUCUGUGGUUACACCGUCCUAAUCAAUGGUGUUGGAGACCUUGUGUUUCGUGCCUCUUUCCAGGCCUGCCAUGUCCACACUCAAAUGGGCUCCGACUAUCACCUGCUUGUCUGGUUUGUGAACCUCCAGGCAGAAGGGAAGGUGGAACUGUUUCCCUUCCAGCUCCACUGCUCUCUCCAAGGCCAGUGGAGUACCAGAGAAUUCAUCUGUGAAGAAAACUAUAUGGAGGUGUCCAUCAAGCUACCUACCUUGACUAUAAAAUCCAAAAAUAAUAAAACGGCAGAAAUAGCUGUGAUGUUCCACAGAGAGAAACAGCCACCAGAAGGAGCCAUGGUGAUGUCUCUGACAGAGGCGGCUGCUCUUGGCUACCACAUCUCAAUACGUGGCUCACAUUUAAUCCUCCGCUGUCCCUAUUCCUCUGCUCUCUCGUACAUCGUGAAGGACAGUGGAGUGGAUUUGGAGAUUGUCAGUGCAAUUAUCCUGCACCAACACCAAAGCAACUUCUUUGCUGUUGACGCCACUGUUGCUUGUACCCUGGAUGAGGCGACAGCAGAUGGGUCUGAAUUGCUGUGGACUGUCCCUUUUAUUCCGUCUCCUCUCGUUCAUGGGCAGUUCAGGAGCAGAGGUGUAAGGGUCGGAAUUAGCGGUGAAGCGCUGAGUGAAUCUGACAUGAAAGAGAAACAAUACAAGAUCAACCUGCAGCAGAGGCAAGUGGAAGUCAGGAUUCCUGCAGGAGCCCCUGAUGGACACAUUAAGAGUGGUGUUGUGAGAGGACAGUACAGUCAGUCCAUCUCUGUUGAUCUAUUCUUCAUGAGUCAGUGGGAGGAUGAGCACUGGCCUCUGUCACAGCAUCGCUCCCUCAGGCUCAUUAGGACUCCUCUCAUCCCUCAAACGCCUGUCUUGACCAGAGACAGAGUUGCAACAGAGGGAACAUUUCCUGUGACUUUUGGCCCUUUUGCCCCCGAUGUUGUCCUCCAGACGGUGACAGUAGACGGUGGUGGUGACCUUUUAAGUUGGAGCCAAAGUCAACAAACACAGAGAGACGUAGAUCUAGCGGUGUCCAGGCUCUACCACAUUAACGGGAGCUACUUCCAUGUCAGUUUCCCGUUGUCACACCCAAAAAUAAUCCCUGUGUAUAUAGGUGGUGGCUAUAGGACGUACAGCUUCACUUUCAUCUUUACUCUUAACAUCUUACCUAAUAGAGAAGUGUUUUACCAUCACACCACCAUAGAGCAUAGUGUUGAGUACACAGGUUCAGGUUCCCCCAGACUGGAGGGGAAAUGCACAGCCAACAGCCUGCUGGUGCUGCUGCACCACAGGCUCCAGGAUGAGCUGCAGUGGGAGCUCUUUCUCGGAGCUCGCAAGCUAGACUGGUACCUGGUGGAGAUGGGUGGGUUCAUGGUUGAGGCAGAAGAGGACUACUUAACUGUGGAGAUUCCGAUGUACAGCCCUGGGUUAAAUUAUGAGGAGUUGACAUUGUCGGGUUUUGUGGCUGGAGUGAAAGUGUUCGUUGUGGAUGCCGAGUCUCUGAAAGUGCAGGACAGUCUUGUCCAUAACUGCACUUUUCCUGUCAGAGAACUAUUAGUAUGUUUGCCAGAAGGGAGAAUAGUGGCAGUGGUCGACACCACCCACACCAUUCCGCCCACUCACCCCAACCGAACCACUCUUUUGGACCCCAACUGUGUUCCCAUGGAGACGGACAGUGCCAGAGCUCUAUUCAACUUCAGCGUGGACUCCUGUGGGACAAUUGUCACUACAGAGGGAAAUGUCUUGGUUUAUGAAAACCAAAUCAGUUACAACCAAGAUUUUCUGCCCUUGGAUGAUCCACUUAUACAUAGGGAUUCUCCGUACAAAUUAACAAUCCAGUGUCUCUACCCUGCAAAUGAUAGCACUACUCUUAUAAUCCAGUAUCCUGUGUAAUCAUCACUGGACCUUUCACCCAUGAUGCCAGUGAAACACAUAUACAGGGACACUACAAACACAGGUAUGUAUCUUUGAGCGUUAAACUGAUUUAUUGUUCUUUAUUAAGAUAAUUUGGAUCUGUUUCUUACUUCCGAUCUAUGUCAUCAAUGAAAAUACUUAACAUCAAAACAUCAAUGAAUGUUUUUCCACAAAUGCUUCAAUCUACUUUAUAUUUAAAUGAACUGCAGGGAUUUAACUGGUAUUACAUAUCAGCUAUGUCAACACAGUGAUGUUUAAUUUUGUUUCUUAUCUGGAGUUUCAGUGCGGAUUACAUGGAUUCAUGCCUUUAUCCUGCUGCUGCUCAUGCUCUGCACGGUUGUUUCUGUAUACUGGGCCUGUAAAUAAAAUAAAUGAACACAGUUUGAUUUUGUUUUACUCCCUAUUAGGUAUUUGUUCUAAUUUAUAAUUUUUUAUUGACAGUCUUAUUAUAUUUUAAUUUUGU